AUGAAUCACAAGGAUGUGAGGAACAAGUAUUCCAUCUCGAAGCAGGGCCAACCGGACUGGUGCCACUUCUGCAAAUGCUGGGUCCAGACUCACGCGAACGCGAAGAGGAUGCACGAGCAGAGCAAUCAGCACAAGAAAGCCGUCGAGACGAAGAUGCGAGAGAUCAGGAAGACCAAGCAGAAGGAAGAGAGGGAGGAGGAGGCCACGAAACGAGCGCUGGCGAGCAUAGAGGCAAAAGCUGCGCAGGCCUACCAGGCCGAUCUCGCUGGGGGAGCUCGACCUGAGGACACACAUGGACCCAAACCGCUAAGCGCGGAGGCUCGUCUUCGGCUGGAACAGGAGAGUGUGAAACAUGAACUUGAGGAGGCGAUAGCAAAAGAGCUCAAAGCUCGGGCGGAGGCGGAGUACAGAACGCAGCAGGAGAUUGGUGAGUGGAAGUUUGACGACAGGUCGUCGUACUACUGGCACGCGAAGUCGUCAUGUUACUUUGACCCGAAGACCAAGAUGUUCUUCAACACGAAGUCGAACGCCUGGUCCAAGGAUGGCCCGGAAAACGCGCCCCCGGUUCCCGGCGAUGCGACCCCGUCGGGGCCUGAGCAGGUACCGGAGGAGCAAUACCCCCUAGGGCCAUUUUCUUCCAAGGCGGCGAAGUCCACCCCAGCCGCGCCAGUCGUCGCCUCUCAAAAGGCUGCCAUUCCUGCGGCUCAGGUGAGCAAAGUUGCAGGCUGGACACACGCACCCUCCGGGAUUCAACCCGCUGGCCGAGUUGCCUCGAGCACCAAGCCGACGGGCAAGCCGACAGGCAUGACAAGCAUGUUCAACCUAGGGUACGGCACAAAUCAUCCUGCAUAUGAGGCGGCAAAGGCGAGGUCUCAGGCAUCCGCCCAACGGGCAAUGGAAAGCGCGGGCGGGCGGACGUUUCAGGCCGCGGACAUCAAACAAUUAGGAGUAGUGGGCAAAGAUGGUGGCGCUGCGAAACGCAAGCGCGUAGAGGGCGAAUCCGCCGCGAAGCAGCCCAAGGUUAGCAAAGAAGAGGCGGAGGCGCUGGCCAGACGAGCCGCUGCGCGGGCAAGGGUAGAGGCUCGAACGAUGAAAUCGUUUGGGUUAGAAUGA